CAAGUCUCAUGACGCGACGGAGGCUGUCACUGAGCGACAGGUUGACACUGACAGGAAACAAUCCUCCACUGGGACUUACCGAUGUCUUGUCUGAUGGUCCGCUGUCAGGGAAGAUUCAAGAGGAAAGAUGGCCAGCUCCAGAAGACGAUCCCAGGAUGAGGUGACAGAAGCAGAGAGGAAGAAACGAAAAGUAAGGCAGCCACAGGGAGGUCAUUAUGGUCUGUACAACCAGGGCGCCACAUGCUACCUCAACAGUGUCCUGCAAGUUCUCUUCAUGACACCAGAGAUCCAUGACAGGUUAAAUCCAAAAUCACAGGUCACAGUUGAAGAGCUGAGAAACCUCUUUAAAAGACUGAAAGAAACUACAUCUGGAACAGAAAAUAUCACAAAGAGUUUGAAGAUUAAAAACGUUUGUCAGCAACGUGAUGCAGCUGAAUGCCUGGAGAUGAUUUUACAGAAAGUCAGCCCACAGGCCUCUGAGGUUUUCAAAGGACAGCUGAGAUACACAACAAAAUGUACUGAAGGCCACAGCAUCAUUGAAGAGACUAAUCCAUUCUGGACUCUUCCUCUGUCACUAAAAGAUACCCAUGAUGAUACAACCUACAGUGUGGGAGAAGGCUUUGAAAGAAUUUUCCAGCAGAAAUCAUUCAGUGGAGACAACAUGGUGUACUGCAACGAAUGUGAAAAGAAAACAGAGGCGACCACUGGAUGUGAGAUGGUGACAUAUCCUCAGAUUCUGACUCUGCUCCUCAAGAGAUUUGACUUUGACUACAGCACCAUGUCAGAUGUCAAAUCCAACUGCCGUGUGGACGUGCCACGAACGUUACAGAGAAAGGACAAGGAGUACAAACUGUAUGGGAUGGUGAAUCACAUAGGCAGUCUGAGAGGAGGACAUUACACAGCCACCAUCCUGUGCAGUGAGGACAAAACCUGGUAUGAGUUUAAUGACGAUCAUGUCAGUCAGGUUAAACAACAGCCAUUUGCAGAAACCUCAACUUACAACUCCAUGACUGCAUAUCUGCUCAUGUACAGAGCCACAGAGUGUCAGAGCCCCAGUGAGACCAAAUCAGAAGAUCUGACAGACGAGGUGAAAGAACAACAGGGUGAAGAUACCCUGAAAGAACAACAGGGUGAAGAUACCCUGAAAGAACAACAGGGUGAAGAUACCCUGAAAGAACAACAGGGUGAAGAUACCCUGAAAGAACAACAGGGUGAUGAUACUCUGAAAGAACAACAAGGUGGAGAUACCCUGAAAGAACGACAGGGUGAAGAUACCCUGAAAGAACAACAGGGUGAAGAUACUAAAGAACAACAGGGUGAAGAUACUCUGAAAGAACAACAGGGUGGAGAUACCCUGAAAGAACAACAGGGUGAAGAUACCCUGAAAGAACAACAGGGUGAAGAUACUCUGGAAGAACAACAGGGUGAAGAUACUCUGAAAGAACAGCAGGGUGAAGAUACCCUGAAAGAACAACAGGGUGAAGAUACUCUGAAAGAACAACAGGGUGAAGAUACUCUGAAAGAACAGACAGAAGACCAAGUGGAAGACACAAUAAAAGACGAGGGCGAACAGAUGCAACAUAGUGAAGAGGAUGCUGCACCUGCUGCACCAAAGAGGGGACCACUGGAAAUGUUAGCUGCUUGGUUUGGCAACCUUCAGAAGUCCAGUGGGACAGAUGAUGCAGCCGAACAGGAUAAAACAGAUGCUGCACCUGCUGCACCAAAGAGGGGACCACUGGAAAUGUUAGCUGCUUGGUUUGGCAACCUUCAGAAGUCCAGUGGGACAGAUGAUGCAGCCGAACAGGAUAAAACAGCCACAGAGCGUCAGAAGCCUGACGAGACCAACUCAGGAGAUCUGACAGGCGAAGUGGAAGAAGAUGUGAUGAUUACAUCACAUAUGAUUACAUAUGUGUAGAAGAAUUGAAGAGAGACCAGGUGGACCAUUAAAGAAAAGUGAGAAUUCUCUUGAGCUGUCCACAGAGCAUCCAGGAUCCAAUGCACGUCCAUCAUAUGUUUUAUUUUGCUUGUUUUUUUCCGUCUUUUUAUGUUAUUGAUGCUUCUUUAUGUAACUCAACUUUAUUAUUCUACAGUUAUGAUUCAACCUUACGUCUUAAUUAUUGUUUUUCAUUUACUAAAUCAGAUGAAAAUGAUGCAAUUGGCCAUCAUGUCACAAAAUAGAAAUACUUGUAUUACAGUAUUACAUUUAAAAUAAACUGCAGUAUAUUGGUAAAUUACGACGGGGUA